GUAGCUUCUGAUUCCUUCGUCCAGGUCUGACUUCAGCUGUGAGACAAAGCAUGAUAGCGUCGGAGUCUGGUGGCAGCGAAGAUGUGGACUCCAGCAUCAAGGCACAGCUGGAGGACGAGGUUAUCCGGGAGGCUCUCACCUCGGGCACAGACCUGCGGCAGUACUCGCAGUCGGUGGAGAAGGAGCUGCGACAGCUGGAGAACCUGAGCAUCCAGGACUACAUCAACAAGGCCCAGAACAUCGCCACACUCCACCAUCAGAUCACAGAAUGCGACUCCAUACUCGAGAACAUGCAAGGGAUGCUGGAGGGCUUCCUGACCCACCUGUCCACCAUCAGCCAAGAGAUCCAGUCCCUCCAGGAGCAGUCAGCCUCCAUCAACGUCCAGCUCACCAACCGGAAGCAAGUCCACAAGGAAAUGUCCACCUUCAUCGACCAGCUAAUGGUUCCGGAAGUCAUGAUCCAUCACAUCCUCAACACUCCCGUCACUGACAACCUCUUCAUGCAGCAGCUCAAGGCUCUCAACCAGAAGAGUAAAUUCAUCAAGGAACAAAACUUUAGAGAUGCCCAUUCCUGCCAGGACGUACAGGACAUCGUGGAUAAGCUCACCGUGAAGGCGGUCUCAAAAAUAAGGGAGUAUCUACUGCAGAAGGUGUACCAAUUCCGAAAGCCUCUCUCCAACUACCAGAUACCACAGAACGCCAUGAUUAAGCACAAAUUUUUCUUUGAGUUUCUGUUGCUGCACGCCAGGACCAUAGCAGCUGAAAUACACGAUGAGUACGUUGAGACCAUGAGUCGAGUGUACAGCUCCUACUUCCAGUCCUACACCAAGCAGUUGUGGAAGCUGCAGUACGAGGAAGGUGUGACCCGAGAUGACCUGAUGGGUGUGGAGGACUCUCGCUCCGGCGCCUUCUUCACCAAGAGUCUCAAGAGCCGAGGGACGGUCUUCACGCUGGGGACGAGGGACUGCGUGCUCUCCCCGGCCGGCCUCACCCAGGACAUCAUCGUGCCGCACACCGCUGGCAAAGGGGAGACGAAGUAUGCCUUCGAGGUCCUGUUCCGGAGCCAGCAGUACGCCCUUAUGGAUAACGGCUGCCGGGAGUACAUCUUUUUAUCCGAGUUUUUCAUGGUGCGUGAUGCAGACGCCAUGAAGCUCUUCACGACUGUCAUGGGGAAGACUCUACAGCAUGUCCAGAAGGAGGUUUGUGGAGUGGUGAUGGGCUGUUACGACUCCAUUGCCUUGUACCUGUGUGCCCACCUCAUCCACCAGUACCGUCUGCUGUGCCACAAGAGAGCCGUGCCUGCCCUCGACAAUCAUUGGGAACAGCUGCUACAUAUGAUCUGGCCGAGGUUUGAGUAUGUGGUGAAGAUGAACAUUCAGAGCAUCCAGUCCUGUGACCCGUCGAAAAUGGCAGCGCUGGAUAUGCGACCACAUUAUAUCACGCGCCGUUAUGCUGAGUUCAGUGGCGCCGUGAUGGUCUUGCACGAGAAGUUUCCCCUCGAGGGCGUGGACGGACUCAUGCUGCAGCUCCAGGACGAGGUGGAGAAGGUUAUCCUCAAAAUGGCCGCAGUGUUCCAAAAUAGAAAGGACCAGCUUAUCUUCCUCAUCAAUAACUACGACAUGAUGCUCUCAGUCCUCUCGGAAAAGACCAGAGAGGACAGCCGGGAGUGUGAGCGCCUGAAAGAGUUACUGGGGCAGCGCACGGGGGAGUACAUCGAGGAGGUCCUGGCGCCUCACUUCGGGGGCAUGCUGACCUUCGUGCGGGAGACCGACCACCUCAUCGCCAACAACAGCACGGAGGCUCUCAAGGACUAUGAAAAGAAAGUCGUUCCUCUCGUCAGGUCCUUCUCGGCCACCUGGAAGAAGUCCAUCGAGCGGCUGAACAACGAGGUGAUGCAGUGCUUUACCAACUUCCGCACGGGGACGGUGGUGCUGCAGCGCGCCCUCGAGACCCUCAUCACCGCCCACCACACCUUCAACCGCACGCUGGCCCACUCAGCCUUCAACCACCUCAACAUCAAGGCGGACAUUGUCAACUCUCACCACCUCAUAGUAGAAGCCAAAAAAUACAAACCGACUUUUUAGGAGCGAAGCGUCGGUAAGUGGCGUCAUUAUCUCAUCAUUUCUUGGACAGGUUUUGAGUGUGUUUAAGUUUGUGAUGUUGUUAAGGCUGUGGUUAUACUAUGGACUCAGAACCAGAUUAUAUUCCCCUCAGUUUUCCACCUUCCCACAUUAAGAGGCUAUUACACUGGGCAAGCUUUCCGUGGAUCUUCAGUCAAACCACGAUUUCCGCUGGUGUCGUUCUCAUAUUUCCGUGGUUUUCUGACGCGUCCACGAUCUUCCAAAGCUACGGUAGAUUUCACCGAAGGACGACGGUAUUACUCGCCAUCAGCAGCAGCAAUAACAAGAAACAAAUGAGAACCACGCCAGCGGAAAUCGUGGUUUGACCGAAGAUCCACGGGAAAUUUGCCCAGUGUAAUAGCCCCUUUAAUUGAGCAUCGCAAGCUUUAGUCGUCCUGUCACUGGGUAAUGGGUAUUUGAUAAAGGUACAUCAUCAUCAUCAUCCUCCCCAUCACUAUAAUCACUGUUUUCCUACACUGAUCAGGGCAAGGGUUCAGAUUUUAGGUAUUUAAGGUGUUGUUUUUGACCCUUCAUACUUUUUUUCCUUCCUACUUUCCCGAUCAUUGUUUUUGUCCCUUCGUACUUUUCUUUCUUCUUACUUUCCCAAUCAUUGUUUUUGACCCUUCCUACUUUUUCUCCUUCCUACUUUCCCAAUCAUUGUUUUUGUCCCUUCGUACUUUUCUUUCUUACUUUCCGAUCACACUAUUACCACAUGAAGCAAAAAGAACAUAUCCCUUUCCUUACAUUCCAUAAAGACCUCAGUUUCCAUUCCCCUGCAUCUCUCGGCCCAACAAUAGCUCUGCUGGAGUGUAAGAUAAUGAAACUUGAUGUAGAAAUGAUAGCAUUAUAUUUAUACUCAAAUCAUGCCAAGGAGAGGAUAGGCAGCCUGUUCACAUAAGAUUAUUAUAAAAGAUACUAAUUUAGUAUCACAUGUUUGGUUACAUUUUUAACCUAUAUAAGGAGUAGGUUCUACUACUGAGGUUAGGAUGAUCAAAUGAUAAAAGUUUAAAUGUAAUGUAAAUAAAACAAAUUCCACAUCAUAUUAUAGAUACACAAAAGGCAAAAAUAAUAUAAUGUAACAAAAGUUUUAAGUGAUUAAUUAACCCGGUAGCAGCGGGGAUCAUGUUUCUUAAAGGUCCCUCUAAGCGAGAAAAAUUAGAAAAAAUCAUCUUUCACACAAACCAUUUUAAAAUAUAUAUCAACGCAUUUGUGAUCAAUUUAUGCAUCAUCUAUUUUUGGGGGUUUAUAUCAUGGCACAAAUUUGGCCUGUCACUGCUACACGGUAAAGCCACAAAUUUGGCCCGUCACUGCUACACGGUAAAGCCACAAAUUUGGCCCGUCACUGCUACACGGUGAAGCCACAAAUUUGGCCCGUCACUGCUACACGGUAAAGCCACAAAUUUGGCCCGUCGCUGCUACCGGGUUAAAAGUCAUGAAGCCUCCUGUAGCUGUCAUCAUGAACAAAUAAAUGUCUAAUUGAUU